UUUUAUGUAUUUUUUCCUGGAGGCUUUAGGGUUUCCAUCAAAACUUUCCUAUUGUGUUGCAGGGUAAGAACGUCGCCGGAUUCUGAAGUAAUAAGGAUCAACCAGAAGUUAACCAGAACCUUACCCAAACGGGCACCUAACAUAAGGUUUUUCGAUGUUCAGGCCCUUUGUUUUCAAGAAAACAAUUCAGUUGCUGCAUGACAAAGAUUCUAGGGUUUUUUAAUCCUGCAAAAUUUUGGCCUUAUGGAGGAAAUUGAGCAACGUGAUUGCAGCUCUGUGGAGAAUGGGGUAAGAGAUAGCGGAAAUACUGAAAGCCAGAACGGAGCUGACACAAAGGUUUCUAAAGAGAAUGACUCUUCUAGGGAAGCAUUAAUGGAGGAAAUUGAGCCAUGUGAAUGCAGUUCAGUUGAUAAUGGUAGUUCAGUUGAUAAUGGUAGAACAGGACCCAGUAAAAACGAUAGUUCUGAUGUUUCUGGUGUAAAAGUUGACAGAGAGAAUGGCUCUUCAAUAAAAGAGAACGAGUCUUCCAGUGAAACUUCAAUGGAGGAAAUUGAACAAUGUGAAUGUCGCUCUGUGGAUAGUGGCAGAUCAGAAAACCUUGGAAUAAAGAUUCCUCGAACUUCAGUGGAUUCUGGUUCCUCUGAUUUUGACGAUGAUGAGGUUGCAGAUAUUUCGCGUCAAUGCUUGGAAUUUCAAUUGGUUAAUCUGGCCAAAUUUCUCACGAAUACAAGUACUCUUUAUGUGUAUAACAAUAUAAUUAAUUUGAUACCAAGAUCAGUAGGAACGUUCAAGGAAUUGAAGACUCUGAAAUUCUUUUCCAACAAGUUAAAUCUCUUCUCACCAGGCUUCGAGGGGUUGAUGGAAUUGGAAACCCUUCAUAUUAGGGUUUGUUCUUCAGGGCUUGAGAGUUUGCCAUUGAAGGAAUUAAGGGGAUUGAAAGAAUUGGAGGUGUGCAAAGUGCCGCCUCGACCAUCUGCUUUUUCUCUUUCCAGCGAGAUUUCAAAUUUGACAUGCCUUACUAGACUUUCUGUUUGUCAUUUCUCUAUUCGAUUUCUACCUCCUGAAAUUGGCUGCCUAAAGAAACUAGAGGAAUUGGAUCUCUCAUUUAAUAAGCUGAAGACCUUGCCAAAUGAAAUAACUGCACUAAUUUCCUUGAAAUUAUUGAAACUUGCCAGUAAUAGAUUAAUGCAGAUACCCAUGGGCCUGUCAGCUUUGUCGAGCUUAGAAACAAUGGAUCUAUCAAAUAACAGGCUGACAUCGCUGAGGUCUCUUGAACUUUCUUCUAUGCAAUCUCUACGAAAAUUGAAUCUUCAGUACAAUAAGCUUCGCACUGGUUGCAAAAUUCCUUCAUGGAUAUGCUGCAAUUUGGAAGGAAAUGGGACUCCUGCUGCUUAUGAUGAAUUCGCCAGUUCUUCGAGUGAUGAGGAUAUAGCUGAUGCAGUUUUCAAUAAGUCUGAAGAGAGUCAUUCUUGUGAUGGCUCUCGUAGAUACCCUCCAUCAAAUCAUCUAUCCGAGACUGUGUUGACUGGUAGAUGUUCCAUGGUCCAUAGGAUGAGAAAAGGCUGGAGGCGUCGCGAUCAUCAACAAAAGAGAGCUCGCCAGGAGCGUCUUAAUAGCAGUAGGAAGUUCAAAAGUGAAGAUCUUAAUGAAAUGUGCACAAAAGUGAAACCAGAGAAACUGCUUGAGCUAGAAAAUGAGGCACCCCAAUCACAAGGUCAUGAAGAUAAAGAGAAACAAUUAUCCUGUGAGCCCCAAUCUGGUCUUCGAGCCCAUGAUCCAUCCUGCAGUACGAAAGAUUCAGAUGAUAUUGGGCUUGAUGUUUCUGGAGAGGCUUGUCGUGAAAAUUUAAAUUAUGUGAAGGAUGACAGCAUUGAUUUAGAAAAGGGUUGCGAUGAAGAUUGUUGCUCAUGUGUAAUCUCUGAACCCGUCCACUUAAAUAGUGAGUGCGCCGACAAUUGUGAUGAAGAGCAUGAAGACAUUUCUGCCAUUCCCUUGAAUCGAAAAUGCAAGCAGAUGGAUGGUAGUUAUUUGGGGUCACAUGAAAAUUUUGUAAAACCUAAGAGAUUUUCUGAGGAAGCUCUAGAUAACCCCAAGCCCAGCAAAUGUCGAAGAGCUGUAGAUGAACAUUCAAAUGUAUCCUUCAAAUAUAGCUCUGAGUCAUUCUGCAGCAUCAAUGACCAUUUACCAGAUGGUUUCUAUGAUCCUGGGCGUGAUAGGCCUUUUAUGCCCCUAGAGAAAUAUGAGCAAAGUUGCUGCCUUCAUUCGCGAGAAGUAAUUCUAGUGGACAGAUUACAUCCAUUAGCCAAACAAACUUGUUUUUUUCCAUUCAGAGGAAGGGAUGAAGAGUUAGAUUCAAUUGCACUAGCUGCCCAAGUACUGCUUUCUCGUUUGAAUCAAUUGGAGAGUGUGAAUAAAGAAAAUGGCAGGGCCGCAGUUGAUGAUUUGCGGAGAGCAUCAGUACUUGCUCUCUUUGUUUCAGACUGUUUCGGUGGUAGUGACAAAGCUAGCAGUGUUGUGAAGAUGCGUAAAGCUGUUUCUGGUUCGAAUUAUAAGCAGCCUUUUGUGUGCACUUGCUCAGCUGGAAACAAUCUUGACACCAAAGUUCCUACCAGAGAUGAUCUUGCUGUUGAAGAAAGCUUGUUUUUCAAUGAUCUAUGUGAGAGAUCUCUGCGCUCAAUUAAGGAGAGACGCAAGUCUAAUAUUGUCCCUUUAGGGAAUCUGCGCUUUGGUGUGUGUCGACACAGAGCUGUGCUAAUGAAGUAUCUCUGUGAUCGGGCUGACCCUCCGAUUCCCUGUGAACUUGUGAGGGGUUACCUAGAUUUUAUGCCACAUGCUUGGAAUGCUAUUCUGGUCCGAAGAGGCGAUGCCUCGAUACGCAUGAUUGUUGAUGCAUGCCAUCCUACUGAUAUAAGGGAAGAGACGGAUCUGGAAUAUUUUUGCCGGUAUAUUCCAUCGAGCAGGUGUCAUGUUUCUGUGGCAACCGAUGACAAUCCAGCCAUCUCAUCAAAUUCUUUUCCUGCUCUAUCUGUGUUUAGUGAUAUUGACCAGGGAGCUUCUGGUUGUGUUGUUCAGCAUUGCCAAUUUGGGAAUCUUGUUGCUGCUGCAAAGAUGCGUACUUUGAAUGCUUGUGGUGGUUCCUCAGAUGAAUGGAGGAAUUUUGACUCUGCUUGUCUAGGUGAAAUCAGAAUGCUGUGUGCUUUAAGGAAGCACCCUUGCAUUAUUGAAAUUUAUGGACAUCGUUUCUCCUCCGAAUGGGUUUCUUCAGAAGAUGGAAAACAAUCACAUAGAUUAUUGCAGGCUGCAAUUGUGAUGGAGUAUAUCAAAGGGGGUUCUUUAAUUGGUUACAUUGCAAAAUUGGGGAAACAAGGUCAAAAACAUGUUCCUGCUAAGCUGGCUUCAUUUAUUGCACGGGAUGUUGCCAAUGCAUUGUCAGAGCUGCAUUCAAAGCACAUUAUUCAUCGGGAUAUAAAAAGUGAAAAUAUCUUGAUUGACACAGACAUGAAAAGGGUCGAUGGCAGUCCAAUUGUCAAACUCUGUGAUUUUGAUAGAGCUGUUCCUCUUCAGUCUUACUUACACUCAUGCUGUAUUUCUCAUCAUGGUACACCUUCUUCUGAUGUGUGUGUUGGAACACCUCGUUGGAUGGCUCCUGAGAUGUCACGCACCAUGCAUAGAAGGAACAGAUAUGGAUUGGAAGUGGAUAUGUGGUCAUAUGGUUGUUUGAUCCUGGAGUUGCUCACUCUUCAAAUUCCAUAUGCUGAAAUGUCAGAUUCUGAUGCUCACCAUGCUAUUCAGAUGGAAAGGCGACCCUCUCUCACGCCCGAGUUGGAGAAAUUUGCUCCUUUGGCUGAGCAACCCCUCCUUGAACCUGACAAAGUUGACGAAUCUGAAUUGCUAAAACUGCUGGUCAAGGUGUUCUAUAUGUGCACUGAAGGAAAACCAUCUGAUCGACCCUCAGCCAAACAAGUCUAUGAUAUGCUUUCUGCUGCCACUUCUCCAACCCCGGAAUAGACUAGCAAAUCCCUAACUUAAGGUUUCACCAGUAACCUUACCCAUCAGGUUUUCCUGUUAACACCCAAAAGUUUUGUAGCAUCAGGAAGUAUAUUUAGUUAUUUAAAAGAAAGAGGUGUAUUCAGUUAUUUAAAAGAGAAAGGAGGCAGGUGAUUUGUAUUCAUGAUCUUUGUAGAGUAUACCCUUUGUUGUGUCACAUUAGUUAAUCAUAUUAAUUGAGGUUUUGGUAGCUUAUUUAAUACAAUCAUCUGUAUUCAUGAUCUUUGUAGAGUAUGCCCUUUGUUGUGUAACAUUACUUAAUCAUAUUAAUUGAGGUUUUGGCAGCUUAUUUAAUACAA